GAAGGACCUCAGCCCCGCCCCCGAGGCCGAGCGCGCCGGCCAUGGCCGAGCCGCCGGGGGCCGGCCCCGCGGCCCUGCGCGUGGCUGCCGCUGCCAACUGGCUGGUCGUGCGCCGACGCCGCGUGGAACAUUUCCCACGAGUGUUGGAGUUCCUGCGGUGUCUGCGCGCCGCUGCUCCUGGCUUGGUUCGCUACCGCCACCACGAGCGCCUGUGUAUGGGCCUGAAGGCCAAGGUGGUGGUGGAGCUGAUCCUCCAGGGCCGGCCUUGGGCCCAGGUUCUGAAUGUCUUGCAUCACCACUUUCCAGAGUCUGGACCUGUAGUGCGGGACCCCAAAGCUACAGAGCAGGAUCUGAAGAAGAUCUCAGAGGCACGGGAAGCCUUUUGCCAGCAGGUGAAUUUGCUGGCAGAGGCCCCUGUGGAUUUGGCUUGGAAGUUGCAGGAACUUGAACAAGAGUAUGGGGAACCCUUUCUGGCUGCUAUGGAAAAGCUAUUUUUUGAAUACUUGUGUCGGCUGGAAAAAGCACUGCCUACCCCACAGACACAGCAGCUUCAGGAUGUGCUGAGUUGGAUGCAGCCUGGAAUUUCUAUCACUUCUUCUUUUGCUUUGAGCCAAUAUAGUGUGGACAUGGGGUGGCCACUUCCAGAGUGCUCUGUUACUAAUUCAGUGAACAUGUCAGAGCCCAUGGAGCCCAGUCCUCCUCAGCAACCAAGACCAGCACUCCAUCAACCUGUGCCAAAAACCAAGCCUGGCCCACACCUUCCUCACGGAGCAGCCUCAAGAAAGCACCCAGAACCUUUGGCUGGCCACCACUUCAAUCUGGCCCCUCUAGGCCAGCGAAGAACCCAGUCCCAGUGGGCAUCCAGUAGGGUAGGCCAUAAGGAGCGCCCCACAGUCAUGCUGUUCCCCUUUAGGAAUCUGGGUUCACCAACCCAGGUCAUAUCUAAACCUGAGAACAGGAAAGAACAAGGGACACACAUGGCAGUUCCAGCAGGUGACGUCAGCGCGAGAACAGCCUCCACUGAAAAGUCUAGGAGUCCAUCCCAGACCCUGGGCGGAGGGACUGUGAAGGAGAACCCAGUUGACUUGUCAGCCUCGGAGCAAAAGGAGAAUUGCUGGGACUGCCCCAUGGAGCCCCUGAGACUGUCAUUAUCACCUCCUAGGGCCAGGAAGCCAGUGUGUCCUCCAUCGUUGUGCAGCCCUGUCAUUACCAUAGGGGACUUGGUUUUGGACUCUGAUGAGGAAGAAAAUGGCCAGAGGGGAGGAAUGUUGUCUCUGGAAAACUAUGAGAAGACAAAGUUUGACACCCUAAUCCCCACCUUCUGUGAAUAUCUCCCCUCUUCUAGUCCCAGUGCUGUCUCUGCCCCUUCCCAUGACCAUAUAGACUCCUCCGAUAGGACCAGAAUGCCAUCUGCAUCUUGCCUGUCUCCUUCCUCCUCACCUCUACAGGCAGUUUAGUGGGGAUAAAGUGGAAGCCCAGGCUUGGGUUGCUUGACUAUAUGGCCCAAAUUGCUUUGUAACGCUUGAUCAUUAAACUUUGUUUGUUAAAA